AUGAGGCGUGUGUUGCAGUGUUGCCUCGUGAAGGAGCCUAUCACCAUGCCAUCUGUGACCCGCUACGUGCUAGAAAAGGUGCUUUGCCUGCACCUCCUCCACGACCGUCUUUCCUUUUUUUUUCGCCUGAAUUUGUCGUUCUCGCUCUCUCUCUCUCUCUCUCAUGUAGCGCGCACGCCGAUGGAAUGUACGAUGGUGAAGGUGUGCCAUGCUCAGGGAGCGCUCGUGACGAACUCUCGCUCACAAACCCCGUACUCUCCUGCUUUUUCAUGCUUAUUUCUUUUUUGCUCUGCGUCCCGAGCCAGCAGCUGCGUGUGCACCCAAUGCCUGCUGGGAAGGGUCACACCCACAAAAACCAUCUCUACAUCUAUAUCUAUAUCGAUAUACAUCGGCAUAUAUAUGUAUACAGGUAUGCGUUUUUCUUCGUUUUUCAUUGUCUGGCUUUUAUUCUUGUACGUUUCACUCUCCACCUGA